AUGAACUCGCAUGGAGUUGAUUUUGACGAUAUCCAUCAAGCAAAUUUACUACGCCAAGCCGAGAGCUCAUCCCUGGUGGAAAUUCAACACCAGCCGCAACAUCAAGAGCAAGCACAUAUACAAGACAACCAACUUGGCCAGUUUUCGUGCUCAGUUUUACACGAGACAUCUAUUCAACUUCUUGGCAUUCCACCCGUUCUCGACGAACUGAUGCAGGCUCAAACUACUGCUUCAACUAGUCUUCCUCAGACGCCUUCUUUGUACCAGGGGUAUCGAUCCACUCCGAUUCGCAGGAUGCUUUCGGAUCGUGAGCAGUUUCUCAUCUUUGUGAAGAUCCUUUUCAAGUGUUUGGAAAGGGCAGACGACAAAAAUCUACGACAACGGGCCAAGACUGUUGUCAGUGAGUGUACGCGACGAAAUCGACUAGGGGAUUCACAAUACACUCCUCUGCAAGAAGCAGUCGAACGGCGUUUGAAGCGCAUCGUCGGGGAGCUGUAUUGGUGCCAAGCGCAGGUUUACACAAAUCGCUACUGUCGCCAGAAGGGGCUGGUGGCAAUGCAUCAAACUGCAGUUCCAGUCUAGAUACAUCGCAUACAUUUUUUGAGUUGCUCAACCGAAAGUUGGCAUUUGUACAUAAAAGCGUUGCCUUGCCGAAUAGCAAGAAUACAUAGCGAACAAUUUCGAUCUA